AUGGAUGCAAUGAAAUCUUCACAUGAUAAAAUAACUUUCCAAAGCAUUGAAUUUUGGUCAAAUGUUUGUAAUGAAGAAUAUGAAUUACAAUUGCUUCAACAAGAACAUAUUCAAGAUGUAAAACAUCUUUUUAAUCGUCUUUUAACAAUCAAAAGUAUUCCAGUUGUUCAACAAGUUUAUCAAGCUAUUUUAGCUGAUAUGACAACGAAUUUUAAUGUACUUUUACAAGCACUUCAACAGAAAGCAAUUGUUGUUGGUAGUGGAACAUUAUCAUCUCCAACCACGAGUGAUUUAAAUGAAGAUAAUGCAGAAGUAGCAUUGAUUUUUGAUUGCAGUGCAUUGUGUCAAAUCGGAAAUGUGAAGGGAAAUUUCAUUGGAAUGUAUGCACUUUCACCACCAUUAUUUCAAUUACUUGCUAAACAUCUUCAGUUAACAAAUUCGAAAUUAGCUCGACAAUAUUCAGCUAUUCAUUAUGGUAUAUUGAAAACACUUUAUUCUCAUUGUGCAGCAUAUGAACAUUUUAUUCAUAAUUCAGAUUUAUUUAAACAAAAUGAUACAAAUAAUGUGAUGAGUUUAACAAGUUUAACCAAAGAUAAUUUUGAAGAUUUACUUAAACUUCUUCAUCGUCUUAUUGUUAAUAGUUAUUUAAGUUGUCAUGAUACAAAACAUGGAACAUUCUUAUCAUCAAAAAAAGAUUAUUCUAUUGUUAAACGAAAUCAUAUGAAUACUUCAUACUUAGGAAGAUUUACAAGAUAUUGUUUUUUAUUUAAUAUACUUGUUAAUCAUCAAACGCUACGAAUGUAUUUAACUACAUUGCUUGAAUGUUUAUUUCAAUCUUGUCAACGUAAAAGUAAUAAUGAAUCUUCUAAAGAAGAACAAUUAUUGGAAUCUCAACAUCGAUUAUUAAGUUAUGAACAAUUACCAAAUUUUGGAAAUGAUGCAUUGCUUGGAUUUAUUUGA